UCUACGAAUUUAAAUGUACAAAUAGCUGCUGUCAAGAAGUUGUUCAAAAAAGCAAAUUUAAUGGGUACAGUUGCAUUUGGAGAACCCGUAUCGUGGAGCUAUAUUGAAGAGGAAAGUAUAUUUGAAGAUGAACGUAUUAACCAUAUUGUAAAUUUAACAGAAAUACCCCGUGAAUUGAGUUCUGGCUGUUCAGCAGACAUCACAGGUGAACAACAAAAUGACUUUGACUCGCACUCAGUCAAAUACAGCGCAAAUAACUCUGCCAAGGAACUGCAAUCGUUGUUUGUCACUCAGAAAAGCGAAUAUGCCAUGUAUUUUCUGUACCGUCUAAGAGCUUUGGAGAAAUUAUGGCGAGAACGACACAACUCAAAGCGCUCGUCCAAGAACAGCAGCACAACCAACUCCAAGGGUCUGCAGUUGUCAACUGUCACAAAGAACCGUGCGGAGUCCGCGGAAUUUUCUUCACACAUUAGCCUGCUUUUGCUUAUUCCUUUAAUAAAGUCGCACAGUAAAAUAGACAGUUGUUUAGCCCAACAGUCAACACAAAUUUUAUUUCAAUGUCUGAAAGAUUGCAAACCGAAUUCACUACGUGACGAGCCGUUGAAUUGCGUGACUGGUCUGGCGGAUCUUUUAACGGGAUGGCUAGCCGACGAAGUCGAGGGCAAAGAAAACGUAGACCUUGUUAGUACUGUAGAUGGACAAAUUGAAGAACAGACACAAAAUGAAAUAAUCAUUGGAUGUCUUGUUUCGCUGGCUUGUGCCAGGUUAUCACUGAGCUUGUUCACCAAAUCUUUAUUGAUGCUUCAAAAAAUCAAAGACAGAUUGAGCAUGCUUUCACUUGCAGUUAUGUUGGAAAAAACUGUUCAUUAUGAGAAAUGUGGAUGGCAAGUCAAACCAAGUGUUGUUUUAGCAUCAAACCUGAAAAAAACGUGGAAAUAUGAGCUGCCAGGUCCAGGUUGUAUGAAAGGUAGUACAAUCACUUGUGAUGGAAAGUUUUUGUACAUAUUACACGUAUCGUGCCUUGUGAAGUUGGGAACUGGUAAACAAAACACAAUCAGAGGUCACGUGUAUGAGUCAAACGGAAGCUUUCCUGGUGGUUUUAUGUGUUUUGUUGCUGGUAAACUUCUAUUUCGGCAAAACACAGCCGAUGGAGCACAAGGAACAAAACAUUUUGCUGAAAUUAUUGACACAAAAACAUUGUUGAUCAGAUCGAGUGUUGAGUACAGUUUGCAUCAUAAUACGGCUGUCUCAAACAGAAAAACUGUAAAUGUCAUCACAGAUGGAUUGUUAAUAUAUUGGGUGUACUACAAUGCAGUUCUUUCAAAAACCGGUGGUCGAGAUACUCCUGUCAGCCAAUCAGGAUCAACAAAUGGAACGGCUAAUUCAAUUGAAGUAUAUUUGGAGAUUUUAGCUUUAAAGGAAGAGGACGGAAAAUACUUUGUCGCCCCUUUGCGCGACCCUGUUGUUUUAAGUCAUAAAAGCGAACCUGCUGUGACCAAUGAAUUCAGCAUGCCGCUCGCCAUAAGACCUGUCAAUCUAUCUUCUCCAUCGCGGGAGGACAACAACAAGACCAGCUGUGGUCUUACUACAAACUCCUUGCUACGAGCUAGUAUGCUCACAGAUGGAACAUUUCUCGUUAUGAUGAUUGGCCAUCCUUAUCAUCAGAGCUAUCCUGUUAGUAAAGCGCCUUUUAAUCGUUGUUUCUCUGUGAUGGAUGGAAGGUUUGUGGAUGACGUGAAUCUUAUUGAUGUUCCUAAAGCUGAGAAUCCUAAAUGGCAAAAUAUAUCGCUGAUGAAUACAGGUGUCUGUUAUGAUCAUUUUAAUAAUCAAAUUUGGACGAACAACGAGAAUUGCGUCGAAGAAUGGCGAAAUGUUGGAGCUCUGUCAUAUCAUCACGUUGUCCAUAAGAUAGAGUCAAAAUCUCAAGAUGUAUUUGAAAAUAAUAAUACGAUCAGUCCCUCAGAUUGUCUGACAGCUGUUGCAUUGCAAAUAGGAUUUCUCUCGUCUUGUGCAUCAUCUGACGAUGACUUGUUGAAGUACGAUGUGACUUUGGAUGAUGAGUAUCACCGACAGAUCUAUGAGAUUUUGGAUCACGCUGUCCGCGAACAUGAUCAAGUCGUGAUUCAUGCUAUUUUCAUUCUCAUACAGGUAUUGUACACUAGGGAACUUUCAAAAGCUUUGAAAUUGAACGAAGAUCUAGUAGCAUCUGUAAGGUUGUGUAUUUGGAAAGUCAUCUGUUGUGAUAUUGUCGACGUUUAUGAUGAUGUUCGUCGCGAAGCUUGUCAAACACUUAGAUUAUGUCUGGGGAUAUUUUAUCCAUCCAUCACAGAGCAAAGUGCCGUAAUGAUGAUUCUUUUUAAUGAACGCGAUGAUAAUGGAAUUGUCUACUUAAAGAAUGCUCUUCUUCGUGAUUUUACUAAUGCUCUUAUCAAUGAUCAACAACAUGAUAGUAGCUGCCCUGGAUGGCUUACGGAAGAUGUUUUGUACACGAUUAUCCAUCACUGCACUGUAGAAUCCUGCUCUAUCAUAUCCCUGGCUAAAGAUGGAAGAACGGGUGAUGAUGAAUUUCCCUGUCUUUCUCCUUUGUUGGCCUACCUUAAGGCGAUGGUUACGAAGACAUUUGAAGAGUUGUACCUUGGACAUGAACCUUCAUUUCCCGGUGAUGUCGAAGAUUUUUCUCGAGAUUAUUGGACUCAUUCAAGGAGGUGUCUUGUACAGUUCUUGAUGUCUUUUGCCAUAGACGCUAAGACUACGCCUGGUUUAGAAGAUAAACUGACAUUGUUGCACAUGGCAAUGAAAUCAUCUAUCUUCCAUCAUGUAAUGCCGAUAUUUCUAACCGCUUUGUGUUCUCAAAACAUUUGCAACCUUGCUGCGUGUAAACUAUUGGUUACAUCAAGCUUAGAACUUACCGUUACUCUUGCCAAGAUUGCUUCACUUUAUCGAAAACUCUCACCGUUGCGUCACACAUCGUUGACGCAACCUCGAUGCAAAAUGACGUCAACAGAUAAAGAUAGCAAGACCCCCUUCGAUAAAGUCUCCAUUCCAAAACCAUGGCUGGCACCACAGAUUGUAGCUAGCAUGCAUCCCGUGUGUGAUGAGUACGUGUCUCAAAGAAGAGUCACGCUUUAUGGAGCGAAGGCAUUGUAUUUGAAGUUUGAUGAAAGAUGUGCCACCCAGUAUGACUACGAUAAGCUUGUUGUGUAUGCUGGGGAGAACACUAACUGUACGAAAGUUGGUGAAUAUGGCGGGAAUUGUUACGGAUAUGGUGGUCGAAGUGUUGUAAAGACUGGCUGGCCUAAAGAAAUAGUGAAGGUAAAUGGUGACACAGUCUUGUUGUGUUUGGACGUGAAAAGUACUCGUGAGCGAGCGACGCCCGAUAAAGCUGUCUGGGGGUAUGGCGUCUUGAUUGCAGCCGAUCCAGAAUUGGUGAAAGAGAGAAACAAACACAAGAACAGUCUUGAUAUGUACACGGAUGCCGCUUUGGCGUCUUCGCAUUUCACGUACAACCUGCUGACCACUAUGUACUGUGGACCUUUUCCCUCGGAAGUUGAACAACGUUGUUCUUCAUUGCUUAAAUCGAAACUCCUCCAGAGAUGCGUAUGGAGAGACAGUCAUACAAUAAUUCAUGACUCACCAAAAACGGAUACAUCAAAUCCUCUCAAAACUUACAAUCCAUUGAGUGCUUCAACUGUCGAUAAGUUACGGUCAUGUUGUCAGAGUCAACGACCAACCUUGCGCCCGAGCAUACAGAAAGUUGUUCGUCCGCUUACCAUAGAGACUGCUGUCCUGAGUGCAAUCGUGAAACAUUACGGUUUUGCGUCGUGUGUUGGAAAGUUUGAACUGGCAAAGCUUGAUAUUUCGAAAAAGGUGGAAUUUUCUGAGCUUCUUGAUGUUGCCGAUGAAGCAUUCUUUCGUAUCGAUGCCUUAGUCCGUCAGCUUCAAGCUAUGGCAGAAUUGGAAAAGAAAUGGUCCCAAGAUCUUGUUGACAUUCAUGAAGGGAAUCUGCAGCCUACAGCGACCUUUUUCAACGAUUAUCAUUUGCAGGAAGAUAAAGCGAAGGAACUCGAACUACUUUGUAAUCUUAAAGGAAUCGUUUUUGACGCUUUCGAUCACGAGAAAUCCGUUGGAAGACUAAUUCAAAUUUUGGAGUCUGAGUCCACUGCAGUUGCUGGUUGCCAUUACGAUAUUGACGUGAGCAGCGAGUUUCCACGCACGAGCAGCUAUGUGAAGUACAUAAUGGAAAGAGCCGAGCUGUUGCUGACUGUAACAAUCAUGGAGAACGAUUCUACGAUGGCUUUUUCAAGGAACACUACAGAUAACGUGACAACUGACGUAACUCGAUCCGCUUCUGCUCCGCAUCUACAGCAUCCUGGGGACAGUCUUCAAGGUGUAGAAGAUCUUCAAAGAUUUCGUCGAUGGAGCAAGACAUUACGUCAUCGCAGCAAGACAUCGUCCCUCCACAAUGAUUGGAGUAAUGAAGUGAAAAACGAUCAUCCGUCUAUUGUUGAACAGAUCUUCUGUUUCGUGGCCGGCAGCAGUUUUGAUCAGAAUGUUUCCUGUAGCUCAUUUCUUUCUGCUGCACGAACACGAUGGCGUCGUGGAAAGUAUCGCCAGCUUUCCAUUCUUCAUAUGAACAAACUCGCGAUGCUAUCUUCCACACUCGGCGCAACUGGCGUACAUCUUCUGGGCGUUGUUGUCUCUGUCAUGAGUCAAGGAGCAAAACUCGAUGACCUUGAAUGUAGUGGUAUGCUGAAAGAUGUUCGUGAGGAAUACGGCGUGUUAUUGCGUCAGGUUGUCGAUCAGUGUAUGGGAAAGCUUUCUUCUUAUUGUGAAAAGGUUAUAGUUUUGGCUACAAUCCCUUUUGUGCCUCAACAACUGGAUGAUGUGUUGCGUAGUAAUCUUAUGAUCAUGCUUAAUAAACUGACCAGCGGUAACAGUCGUGAUUUGGGAUUAUUGCAUUACACGCAGAGGAGUCAUGCUUGGAAAAGCUUUCAAUUAUUGGUUCAUCGUCUUGUCACUUGGGAGAGCGAUAAAUGUCAUGAUCCUAAGGCUAUCGAAUGGUCUGGUGUUGCAAGACAGGUGACCACGGUUCUUACAAACUACCUGCAAUAUCUUGAAAAAAAAGUCCGUGAAAAGGAUCUCGCUAAUGAUCCAUUGCAUGAAGUAUUAGAACUACUGCAAAGAAUUUCAGGGACUAAUCUCGGCGAGUGCGUUCUCACUCAACCUCACAUGACCAAGAUUCUUCUUUCUGUGGUCACUGAUCGCCAAGCCUCGCCGAAACAUGUGCUCACCUCUCUCACCCUCCUGUAUUCCUCCUUACCCCUGACUGAUCCAGAUAUCAAGGACCCCCUCACCUCACCAUCGACGGAUGCGCUUUCUCAAGGACUCUCGCCAUCUCAUACUACCCAUCAAAAGUCUUCGCAUGCCGUAAUCAAGGUUUUACUUCAUAAAUUAGGACAACUAUUGUUACCUAGUCACAAUAAUGUUUCUGAGGAAGUGACAUCAAGUACGAAACGUCAACGACGCUCAACCAGUUAUGGAAUAUCAGUAUUGUCGGUAUAUGUACAUCACAGAGGGGAUAUUCCCGCACAUGAAAUUGUACAAAAAGUUCUAAGCUCAAGUGGUCAACCAUUCUUGUUUCAAGUUGGUCUCGGCUCUCAGAUGGAGCGAGCAAUAAAUUUAAAUCGUGUGCUCACCGAACGUGGCCUUGCCGAAGUCCUUACGGGCAACAUGAGCACGUGUUUGAAACAAGCCACACGAUUGGCUCAGUCCGGUAUCUGCGUCAGCCUAUCAGCCCCGCACGAGGUAAAGGGAAUGUUGGCGGAGACGACGGCAACCGAAGGACAAACAUCAGAGGCUGCUUGCUACGAAAGAAACAAAAACUUAUCGCGACUCGGCAACACCCGGCCUUUUGUCAGCGGAACUGUUGCUCACAAUAUGGCAACGGAAGUUAUUGCGUUACUUCGUAAUCUCAUGCAGGCCAAGUCAACAUGGUCGACAAUUGUGAAGGAUGUUCUUGCAGAAGGCCUUAAUGAUCUCGUCUCUGUUGGACCUGUGUUAGACGAGAACUUUAGUGGUGAUGUCCCACUGGUUUUAACUGCGCAGCAAAUCUUGGCUAUUAUCUGCACUUUGGGUGGAUUUAACGAAACUGUCAGGCCAGGAUGCUCAGCUUUUCAAGUGCUCUAUCCUCUCCGUAUCCCUGAACAAGGCGUUGCACACGUGAUUGUGGAUGAUAACGAGGCGCUGAACACUGACAUUUAUAAUCCUAACAAUCCCAUAAACAUCCCUCUAAAUCUCUUAUUUGUACCUCGUGAAAAGGUUGUGCAUCUUAUCGAUGAAACUCUUCACAGUAAACUUGUAUUGGCUGCCAAUAAAAUGCUGGAGGACGACAGAUCUUUAGAAUCUCUGAGGAGUGUUUUUGCAAACAACGAUUCCAAUCUUGAAGUCCUAAGGAUUUCAGCAGAAAUUAAGACGAGGCUUUUUGUUCUUUUGAAUGAGUGUCUUGACGACGAAAAUAUUGCUCGAAAUGUUUUGGAAACUUCUCCAGACUUGCUAGCAAAACUUCUCACCUUUGCCAGGAGUGUAGAUCCAGGCGAGCGACAGGUUGUGGUGGAAAGCCACUGCGAAGAAUUGCGGGCCCUCUUCAAGGAGUACGUUCGUCCGAUCAAUCACGAUUUGUCCCCGGAAAAGCGGCGAUCAGAUGCACCGUGCGAAUUUGACAUCAUGCGUGAAUUUCCUAUUCCAUUUGGUUGUGUUUUCAUGCGUGAUCUUACUUCAGUACAUUAUGUAUGUGAUCCAGGUGAUAAUCCAUCCUGUAGGCAGCCCCGUGGAGCUUUGAUCUUUGCUGAUAAAACAAUACCUACACGAGUGAACUCUUAUUACUGGGAAGCAGACAUCUUGUCGCUCGGUGAGGGGAAUCAUAAUGAGUCGGGUCCUUCUUUAUCCUUUGGUUUCAUGCCCAAUCAUCCCCCCACUGAUUCAGCUUGGACUGUCCCCCCUGGUAGCUGUAUGCUACACAGUACUGGUCGUGCUAUACGAUACGUGUCUGGCGAUCCACUUUCUUGGAAAUCUGUCACGUUUAAUCUGAGCAUGCGUGAACAUGACAUCAUCGGCUGUGGUUGGGAGGCGAUGGAUCGCGAGGAGAACACAACUGGAGUUGGUACUGCAUUUUUUACUCAUAAUGGUAAAAGAUUAUCGGAGGUUUUGGAUGGUGUUGAACGUGGUCUAUUUCCCGUCGUACAUAUUCAAAAGAAGGAUGUUCGCGUGUUUGUGAACUUUGGAACGCGAUUAUUUCAUUACCAAGACGCCAACACCCAGAAGAUGUCCAUAGAGAGCGUACAUAGUUCAUCGGUAGACGAAGUAAGAGCAGAUCUUGCCGAAUUGCCCUUUUCUAACUGUACAGAGUCUGAUGAACUUGAAGAGAUUGUUAUUCACACCAGUCUUGGACCUGUGCAGAAUAGCGAAGGUUCUACACAACAGACUUCGACAGUUGUUGAAGAAAAGGAACCUGACUCUCUGGAGUGGCAGGAGAAAGGCUAUGAUCAUCAUAUCUCCCAACUGGAGUUUCUCGGCAGUAGUUAUGAUCUCAUGUUAGACAACGGUCCUCCAGUUUACAUGACCGCUGACGAAGACGAUUGUCGUCUUGCCAACAGACAUAAGACAUUCCGCAAAGAUCCACGUAGCUUACUUGUCAAGGCUUGGGUCAAAGUAUUUCCAACCAUCAGACGUCGAUUCCGUAGUGAGGCUGAUCGCCGUUCUGGACUUGAGCAAAUCAGGGGUGCUCUUAUGGAAGGUUUGAUUGACAUCGCUAUAUCAACAGUGGAAGAUCUUUACGAAGAUAGUGGUGGUUUACCAACGUCUCUCACCUUUCCACGUAUUGAAGAUAUCGAGGCUGAAUUGGAUAGGACUACCGUCAAUGAUUUGCGCCAAGCAAUGACCGUCCAGAUAUGCAGAUCAGUUUCAAUAUUUCCUGGCUUUGCCGAGCCCCUGAUGCGAAAGACAUUUGGUCUUAGCGGUGUUGUGCAAGAUUUAGAUAAGGCAAAAGAGCUUGUUUUGGUUGACGUUUACAUCCGGGACGAGGGUUCCGUUGUUCGUUAUUGGUACCCAGUGCACGCCGUGAAACCUCAACCGCCGGCGUUUGGUCGGUUAUCAUCGUUGACUUUCGUAGAUCAGGAAAAAGCCAGUUUUGAGGUCUACGCAGAUUUAUGGAAGUGUGAAAGCGCUCUGACAAAGAUGUAUUGCCGUUCUUCUGCCAUCAAACUCCUUCAUGCCAUCAAUAAUAUGGAGUCAAAUGUGGACGAGAUAUUGUUACUAAGUGAGCAAUAUCUUCGUGAUGCUCAUUCAGAUGGUGCUGUGAAUGCUCGUUACAUCGCUGCAAGUAAAUCGUUGGUUGAAAGUCUUAAAACAACGUCAUGUUCACCCCUCGCUGUCUUUUAUAAAGACGAAGAAAAAUUAUCUUCUCUGCUAACUCGGUUGCUUUACUCAUUUCUGCGUGAUGACGUGAAGUUCCAGGAUGUUGGUGAACAAUUGUUUCAAUCCGUGAUUGAGAAGUCGUUUUCACAAUGCUUGCAACAGUUUGAAGUAUCCAACGUCAGCGCACAAAAAGAUGUCCAUUUUGAAAAUGCAGCUAUUACGACAGUCUCUUGUCUUGCCACCACAGAUUACUUCAUGCCUCGAGUGCGCUCCCCGUGUGUCGAGAUGUAUGGCUAUUACGGGCGACGUCGAAUCUCAAAGGAUGGGAACAUUCUCAAAUACAAGCUUCUUCAUUAUCCCGAUUUUUCCGGUCAGCAAAUCAGCCAUUUUGGUGAUGGAAGGAACUGCAUGAAUCUCGGACGCCUUCUACCCACGAAUCGUUUGCAUGUCAAGCUCGGCUCCAGCAAUGCCAGAGGACUGAUUGUACAUGUGAAAGGCAUUACUCAAGAGCUUUUGCUGUGCCUUGCGUCCAUGGAAGCACUUAUUCAUAUAUUUUCAAUGCGUUGGCCGUUGGUCUCAUGCAAAGCUGAUAAAAUUCCAGAACCACCAUACCUCACCGCUAUGUUUACGUUGCUACAACAUACGUUAAUUUCAAUAACACUUUCGCCAUUUAUCCGCGAGAUUAUUUUCCAUCUUCUUUCACAAAUAUUACGGCUGCUUGCAAAAUUCUCGUCUGCUGAACGUCUUGAAGUUUUUCUUGAAUCCUCAUCGAGUUUUUUGGCUGCCAUGAAAUGCGAAUUUUUCAAGUUGUUCGAGAAGGAAGUGUCCCUAUCUCGCUCGAACGCUGUGGUGUUCGUCUUGAAUUGCAAUUUUGAAAAAGUGAAGUUUUCUUCCUAUUUUCAAGCGCUACUUGAUGUUAUUCUCGCUGCUCUUGAGCUACGUACAAGGAUAUUAGGAGCAGAGUGGAAUUCUAAGGAAUAUACUGGUGCAUUGUGGGGUACGUCUUGUGAUGUUUAUGAUGAAGACGAUGAGGAUGAUGCUGACACAUCCCAGGAAAGUUCUGAUCGCAGAAGAAUACCAGAGUCAAGAAGUGAAGACUUGAGUAUUGAAGUAUAUACAGGGGGAGGUGAAAAUCCCGCCACAUAUAUUCCUUUCUUCGCAUCGCUUCCCGUGAUGAACGAGAACCAACGAUUGGUCACUGAGAUGGGGGAGAGUCCUGGGAGAGAGUCAAGCCCUCAGACGCUUCGCCGCCUACGUUUCCGUGAACGCAAAAAGCUUAACACAAAGAAAGCCACAUCCUCUCGAACAGAUAUGUCAUCUGAAGACGAUAGAGCAGAAGAGAAUCCUGCUUGGUUCGGCAGACUGUUGCGUACAUUGGUCGCACUCCGUCAUUUGGUACAUAAAGAUUCCUCUGGAAAGUCCUUGGUUUUAGAUGUUUUGAGAACUAGUCUUCCUCUACCUUCAAUGGCCUGGAAUCGAGUGAUCGUAAUCACCAAUAUUCCACAUGAAUUCAGCUUCGAUGUUGUAAUGCAAGCUAUCACAAAAUCUGCGCGAUUAGCUGGAGGAUUGCUACCCGUUGAUGGAAUCAUGAUGGAAGACGAGCCCGUUAUGUAUAAAACGCCUGGUGAUAAAGAGAGUGAAGGUGUUUCAUGCGUUGAUCAGUCCGUCGAGCAGCUCACAAGAUCAGCGGUUGUUCAGUUACGUACGAGCCUUCAAGUCGAUCAGGUUCGUCAGCGGUUGUUACAAGAAAAGCUGUUGAUGAUUAGUAGCACUUCGAGGACUUCAAUACAGGUAUUAAAGGUGAAUUCUAUGCUUCUCUUCGAGGGUGGCUGGGCUGCGACUAAAGCUUGCUUGGCUUGGGAGAAAUUUCUUUCAGAUAAACUCAUGGAGAAUACAGACACAUUCACAUCUAUGGCCUUGCAAACACUUGCUGAAAUCUACCUGAGUUGUCAUCACGUUGCAUUAUGCCAUUCUAAUAAGGAAACAGAGUUUAAAACAGAUGACGUUUCUCUGCCAGACUUGGCCAAUACCGUUGCUCUGUCUGCAGACAAUAUUGCUGAUGAUAAAACCGGAAAUUUGCUUUUAGGGUUUUUCAAAACAUUGAGUGAGUGUAAAAAAUUAACUAAAGAUGACUUGGUGGAUGUUGUGGUACAUUAUAGUGACGUUCAAGACGGUGGUAAUGACUCCCGCGAAAAAGCUGUACUCCAUUUUCAGGGUUUUCUACUUUACGUAAAAAAGAGUGUGCAAUCAGAUAAAAGACUGGUGUGGAGGGCUUUUCACGCAUGUGGAUAUGACUUCAGGUUUCGACGAUCGACGGAAAUCUUCCCAGAAGAUGUAAGCCGCGAGAAUGAAAGGUGGAGUUUUGAAGAUGAUAAAGUCCUGGUUGAGUUUGUUGAUGACAUGUCUAAAAAUCUUUCCGCUUCUCCACAACGAUUCAAUGCGGAAGAGGUCUUUUGGGAAAGCGAUUUGAUGAAUCCUCGAUUUGCUUCGUUGGACAAAUAUACCAAUCGAAGCAUCGGGUCUCGUUUUAUGCUUUACAAGUGCAUAAAUCAGUUUGUUCAACGGCUUGUAUUACCAGUCGUUGACCUACGAGUUGCAAAGACAUACACAAUGAGCGUGUCGUCUCUACUGGCAGCUGCCAAAGACAUCUUGUUUAGAAAUACAAAGAUCUCCGAGUUAAAUCGCGUGUUAGAUCUGUCUGCUCAACGCAAUUCUGAUGAUCCUUCUCCGGAAAUAUCAAUUGAUCCGCUUGAGAGCAUUGAAGCCACCAAAGUUGCUGACACUGGUCCGCAAUUGUAUCAAGUAGCAAGCCAGCUGUCCAAAGUUACGACUGCCAAACUCCGUGUUAAGGUGGCUACGGGUGGUGACCCAUCUUUCCCAUUACGCGUCAACCUACGUGGUGAACAAGUGCUUGGUCUGGGUGGAGCUUAUCGCCAUUUCAUGUGGAUUAUGGGACGUGAAGUUCAAAGUUCACAUCUUGGCUUAUUUGUCCCAUGUCCUAGCGCGGCUGCUAACAAGAACAAAGGAAAGUUUAUACUUCGUCCCGGACUAAUGACCUUCAACGUACGCAAUAUUCUAGUCUUCUUUGGUCAGCUUCUCGGUAUCGCUUUAAGAUCAGACAUUCCUCUAGCACUUGAUAUUCUUUCAUCGUUUUGGAAAAGUCUUCUUGGCGUGCCAUUGGACGAGAACGACCUUUGGGAGGCCGAUGUGUUGACGUACAACUACACAAGGCGCUUAUCUAAGAUUUCUUGUAAAGAAGAAUUUGAAAGGUUAUGUUUAGAGGCCGAUAUUUCCGAGACACGUUUCACCUUCACCUCCCUUAAUGGCGAGGAGGUAGACCUUUGUCCUCAAGGAAAUGAGAUUGUUGUAAGCUGGGAAAACCGUUUGGAAUAUGUUAAAAUGGUGCGAGAAUAUCGCUUGCAAGAGCUGGUGUGCGAGAAUCGUGUGUUGGCAAUCAAAUCGGGUCUUGCUAGCGUAGUGCCUCUUCAUGUUCUUACGAUACUCAAUCCCAGGGAUUUGGAAAUGCGUGUAUGCGGUAUACCUAAUGUUGAUGUUGAUUUUCUUAAGAUGCAUACGACAUACGUCGCAGGUGUUCGAUCAUCCGACAGGCACAUUGAGUAUUUCUGGAAUACGCUGGAAAGUUUCUCAAAGGAACAACAAGGAAAAUUCAUCAAGUUUGCUUGCAAUCAAGAACGUUUACCAGGUCGUUGUUCUUGUCAGGACGGCGUGAGUGAUGUACAUGUACCACCUUAUCCGAUGAAGAUUGGACCGCCGGAUGGCAGAGGUCCACCUGAUGCGAGAUACAUCCGCGUCGAGACAUGCAUGUUUAUGGUGAAGUUGCCGCGUUACACAAGUGAAAAUGUUAUGAGAGAGAAACUGAUGUAUGCCAUUAAUUGCCGCGAAGAUCCAUUGACAGAUUUCAGAUGAUUGGGAUGGUUUGUUGACAAAAUUUGAUUAUUUAUUAUUUUUAAAACAUUUUAAACUACAUGAGCGAAUAAAUAUCUUAAAAGAGAAAUUGUACAGAAAGACACAACAUGUAUAUUUUAAAUUUGUAUAUUUACACGUUUUUGAGAUGAUUGAAAACUCUUAUUUUCUAAUAUAAAAAUAAUAUUUGUGUCUAUUUACAAAUUAAAAUAACUUUUACAGUA